GGCUGACGCCGGCGGCGCUGUGCUCCUUAGUGGAGGCGGCAGGGCGAGUCCCACCCAGCUCCCAGGCGGAGCCAAAGAUGCCUGCUUCUGCCGUACGGUCCUACCUGGGCCCUGGGCCACUUCUGGCCUCUUCCUUCCAGCUGCUGUUGCUGAUAGUUCUGAGCGGCCAGGUGUCUGGCCACGUCCCCCGUUCGGUGCCCAGAACCUCGCUUCCCAUCUCAGAGGCUGAUUCCUACCUCACUCGAUUUGCCAUCCCUCAGACUCAUAAUUACUCUGUUCUCCUUGUGGAUCCUGCUUCCCACACACUUUAUGUUGGCGCACGGGACAUCAUUUUGGCUUUAUCUCUACCCUUCUCAGGGGAGAGACCCCGCAGGAUUGAUUGGGUGGUGCCUGAGGCGCAUAGACAGAACUGUAGGAAGAAAGGCAAGAAGGAGGACGAAUGUCACAAUUUUGUCCAGAUUCUCGCCAUUGCCAAUGCCUCUCACCUCCUCACUUGUGGCACCUUCGCUUUUGAUCCGAAGUGCGGGGUUAUUGAUGUGUCCAGCUUCCGGCAGGUUGAAAGACUUGAGAGUGGCCGGGGGAAAUGUCCUUUUGAGCCAGCUCAGCGGUCAGCAGCUGUAAUGGCUGGGGGGGUUCUCUAUGCUGCCACUGUGAAAAACUACCUGGGGACAGAGCCGAUUAUCUCCAGGGCUGUGGGUCGUGCUGAGGACUGGAUUCGGACAGAGACCUUGCCGUCCUGGCUUAACGCCCCAGCCUUUGUCGCAGCCGUGGCCUUGAGCCCAGCCGAGUGGGGGGAAGAAGAUGGAGACGACGAAAUCUACUUCUUCUUUACGGAGACUUCCCGGGCAUUUGACUCAUACGAGCGAAUUAAGGUUCCGCGGGUGGCCCGCGUGUGUGCGGGGGACCUUGGGGGCAGGAAAACCCUCCAACAGAGGUGGACAACAUUUCUGAAGGCUGACCUGUUGUGUCCAGGGCCUGAACAUGGCCGGGCCUCCAGUGUCCUACAGGACAUGGCCAUUCUUCGACCUGAGCAUGGAGCAAGGACACCUGUCUUUUAUGGCAUCUUUUCUGCCCAGUGGGAGGGAGCUGCCAUCUCUGCUGUCUGUGCCUUCCGACCACAAGACAUUCAAACAGUUCUAAAUGGUCCCUUCAGAGAACUAAAACAUGACUGCAACAGGGGACUGCCUGUCUUGGACAAUGAUGUGCCCCAGCCCAGACCUGGAGAGUGCAUCACCAACAACAUGAAGCUCCAGCAGUUUGGCUCGUCUCUCUCCCUGCCUGACCGUGUGCUCACUUUCAUCCGGGACCACCCACUCAUGGACAAGCCAGUGUUUCCAGCUGAUGGUCACCCCCUGCUGGUUACUACAGAUACAGUGUAUAUCAGAGUUGUGGCCCACACGGUGACCAGUCUCUCAGGGAAGGACUACGAUGUGCUCUACCUGGGAACAGAGGAUGGGCAUCUCCACCGAGCUGUGCAGAUUGGAGCCCAUCUCAGUGUCCUUGAGGAUCUGGCCUUAUUCUCAGAGCCACAGCCAAUUGAGAACAUGCAGUUGUACCAAGGCUGGCUCCUGGUUGGCUCCCAAACUGAGGUGACACAAGUGAACACAACCAACUGUGGACGUCUCCAAAGCUGCUCAGAGUGCAUCCUAGCCCAAGACCCUGUCUGUGCCUGGAGCUUCCGACUGGGGGCUUGUGUGCCCCAUACCAUGGAGCAUGGAGGGCUGGUGCAAGGCAUGGAGUCAGCGGACGUCUCCUCUUUGUGUCCCAAGGAGCCUGGAGAACACCCAGUAGUGUUUGAAGUUCCUGUGGCAACAGCUUCACAUGUGGUCUUGCCAUGUUCCCCAAGCUCAGCAUGGGCAUCUUGUGUGUGGCAUCAGCCUGGUGGAGUGACUACACUUACCCCCCGGCGGGAUGGGCUGGAGGUGGUGGUGACUCCAGGGGCCAUGGGUGCCUAUGCCUGUGAAUGUCAGGAGGGUGGGGCAGCACGAGUAGUAGCAGCUUACAGCUUGGUAUGGGAGAGCCAGCGUACACCCCUAAGCCGGGCCCACACAGUGGGAGCUGGGCUGGCUGGCUUCUUGCUGGGGGUUCUUACAGCAUCCCUGACUCUCCUACUGAUUGGUCGGCGUCAGCAGCGACGACAGCAGAGGGAACUCCUGGCACGAGACAAGGUGGGCUUGGACCUGGGGGCCCCACAGUCUGGGACCACAAGCUACAGCCAGGACCCUCCCUCCCCAUCUCCUGAGGAUGAACGACUGCCCCUGGCCCUGGCCAAGAAGGGCAGUGGCUUUGGUGGCUUUCCUCCACCUUUUCUGCUUGAUCCUUGCCCAAGCCCAGCCCACAUUCGGCUAACUGGGGCUCCUCUAGCCACGUGUGAUGAAACAUCCAUCUAGAGAUUCAUAAACGACCACUAGUACCUGGUGAUCACUGGAAUGGAGUGACCUCUGAGGUGUGGGCGUCACUGGGCCUGGACAACCAUCAGGGCCUCUGAGUACUCUUUGAGUCUAAGUGAUCUCUUGGAUUUCAGUAUCUGCCCUCUUUGGGCUUGGAAGGGCUAAUGUCCAAGUCAGGCCUUUGAUUCCUGAUUCUCAUGGGUUCACAGCUGCUGCUCUGCAGCCAAUCUGGGCUUUUCCAAACCCUGCCCUCUGGAUUCCUGUGGUCCCUUCAGCCUUAGAUCCAUUCGUUUUGGGGAUAGGACACAAGACAUAGUUAUGACUUCAGCUUCUGGUUGGGCCUUAGCCAGAAGGAGAAGCCAUAGAGAUGUUUGGGGUUAAUGUGCACUGAGUCCUCAGGUGGUUUUGCUGAUGCUCCCAGUUUAUCUGACUCUGGGGAGUGCAUGGUCCCCACGUUGCAACAUGUAAUCUCUGCCCUGAGAUCUCCCAUCCUGAUGCUCCUUUCAUGAAAGAGUGUGUGUAAAUCCAU